GCCCCAACUCCCCACGGGGCGGUUCCCACGGCCCCCGCCCUCAUUGCCAUCCUUGCUCCGAAUGCUCCAAUCAUUGGAGCAGAACUCCUUAAUAUUUAAUCUCUGUAGUGUAGAGACUACAGAGUCUGAAGUAACUUCUCCAUCACUUCUUCAUCGCCAUACCGUCGUCGCCAUGUUACCCGCUUGGCUCAGCCCAGUCUCCUUGUACGGCGGUUUCAUUCGGCGGUGCCUCUCAGUCGCCGGCCUCACUCCGCAAUCAUUGGAUAUCGAUGACGAAACCACUCUCCACUUUUGGGGCCCGAACCCGACUUCAUCGCCGUCUGGGAAGCCCGCUCUGGUCCUGAUCCACGGCUUCGGCCCAAACGGCGUCUGGCAGUGGCACCCCCAAAUCUCCUUCUUCGCCUCCGAUUACAACGUCUUCGUCCCCAACCUCGUCUUCUUCGGCCGAUCCGUAACCAAAUCCACUGAUCGUUCGGAGGUUUUCCAGGCCAAGUGUGUGGGGAAAUUGAUGGAGAAACUGGGGGUGGAAAAGUUUUCGGUGGUGGGGACGAGCUACGGCGGAUUCGUGGCGUACCACAUGGCGAGGAUGUGGCCGGAAAGAGUGGAGAAGGUGGUGAUCGCGAGCUCGGCCAUUAACUUGAGGAAGCAGGACAAUGAGGGACUGUUUAAGAGGGCCAAAGUGGACAGGAUAGAAGAUGUGCUGCUGCCGGCUACGGCGGAGCAGUUACGGAAAUUGCUAUCGAUCUGCACUUUCCGGCCGCCUUCUAGAUUCCUGCCGGAUUUCCUUUUCAACGAUCUCAUACGUAAAUUAUACACAGAAAAUAGGAUCGAGAAGGUGGAACUGCUGUACGGAUUAACCAUUGGAAGAGAUAACACGCCCGAAGUUUAUCCUCUUCAACAGGAAGUGUUGCUUAUAUGGGGAGAGCACGACCGGUUAUUUCUAUUAGAAAAGGCUACGCAACUCAAAGAUGAAACCCGCAUGGAUAACUCAGUUGGUUGAGUGGUGAGAAAUUUGGAACAAUGACCAAUGUUCGAAAUCCGCAGCGGUCAUGUGAAGGUUACAGCUCCUGCGUGAUGGGCUGAAUCUCUGUUGCGCACGAGUAUAAAGUCUAUCAUCAUUGGGCCGACUGAGUCAUUGUGACUUAUUUCUUCACCAUUCUAUCGGGUCGGGGUGUGGGGGCUCCUGGGUUGGAGAUUCCAUCUUUUGGAACAACAAACAAUAAAUUGUAUUAAAAAAUGACACAUAUGGGCUCUAUUAUUUUGUUUCCAAUUUCAAAAAUAGGAUUCAUUUUAAUUUUUCCAAAAAAUGUCUAAUCACACUAAUUGCAUUUAAAUUAUUUAACAUAGUACUACG